CAGGAUGAUCAUCAUCACGAAGUUUAUGUUUUUUUCAUUAUCGUUGUUACAAUUUUUACCACCAAUCGUUAUUCUGAUUAUGACGCCAACGACGCAAACGAUUAUGGCGCCAAAUCGAACGAAAUCGCAAUUUCAAGAUCAAAUGAAACAUCCAUUGGUAAAUGUGAUGUGCAGAGAGGAAAGUAGUAAAACUCUUUCGAAUAAACAAGCUCAUGCCGAUAUUCUAGAAUGUUGUGUUCAAUUAUUAACAUGUCUAUGUAUUGAAAGUCAUUGUCAAUUUGAUCCAAUCUAUAAGAAUGGCAAGUAUUGUAUGGAGUUGCCAAAUCAUCCAUGUCACACGAAACCUAACUGUUAUCAUUUGCCUAUGAAAAUUAUCCACGAAAAAUGUGUGGCUCUACCAGAAAGUAAUAAUCGAUUAUUGCAUACCAUGCUGAUUGUGUUUGGUGUGAUUGUCGUUUUUUUAAUUCUAAUAGUGAUUGGUAUAUUUGGCUAUAAAAAAUAUAUUCAACUGAAAAAACAAGAUGAAUCACAACCACCACCACCACAACAUAAAAAAGCGGCAAAUACAUCAAGUUCAAAUGUCGAUAGUAGUCAAUAUGUGUCUUCCGUACAGCAACAACCAUCACAGACCGAUAAAAGUCAAAGUUCAAAGCAGAAAAAUUCUGGUGGUGGCGGUGCUGGUGGUGGCCAGUCAUCGUCAAGUGGUGUAUCAUCAAAAUCAUCUAAAAAACAACCUAACAAUGGAAAAAAAUUUAGUAAAAAUUCAAUCAAACAGGCAAAAAGUUCUCUUCAAAAAUAA